AUGUCAACUAAAUCUUCUGAUAUUUGGAAUUUUUUUGUAAAAUUACCAACGGCUGAUGAAUCAGCUAGGUGCAAGCUUUGUGAAAAUAAAUUUUCUUGUAAAAAAAGUUCAACAAAAGGUUUAUGGGACCAUCUUAAGUCUAUGCAUUUGGCAGAAUAUGAGAAGUUUUUGCAAAAGAAUACAUCAACAUCAGUAAGAGCUUGGAGCCAGUGUCAUUUGACCUAGAAGAGGAAAUUUUAUCUGAAGAAGCUGAAUCAAGUGAUCAUUUAAGUACAAGCAGCGAUGAGAAAUGUAUUUUUGCCAUUAAAAAUAAACUCACUAAAAUUUAGAUGAUAUUUGGGCAAAACCUAAAUCCCCUUGUACUUCUACAUUGCCAAAUACAACAAUUUCUGGUGAGGAGUCAGCAGAUUUUGUGUCAAAGAUUGAAUCGCAAUUGUCACAAUAUAAAGCCUGGCAGCGUGUUCCAGUUGAUAGUGAUUUAUUUUCAUGGUGGAGAGAUAAUGGGAAGUUCAUUCCUGAAAUGGCUAAAAUUGCUCAAAUGUUGCAUUGUAUUCCCGCAACUUCCAUUUGUUCUGAGAGGCUUUUCUCGAAAGCGGGACUUAUAUAUGCUAAUACUCUCAGGAAUAGGUUUUAUUUAUUUGUGAUUAAAAAAAUAAUAAUUUUAGAUUGUCAGGAAAAACUGUCAGGCAAAUACUCGUAGUAAAAGCUAACUUGGAUAAAGUACUUCUUGCGCCUUCGAAUAAUAUCGAAUCAGAUUCAGAAAGUGAAGAUAAUGAUAAUGAAGAUUAAGUUGAUUUUUUUAUAAAAAUGUUGAUUUUGAACAGUAAUGUUUGAUAAAAAUGCUGGAUUUUGUA